UUGGAUAUCGAACCAGCGUUUCGUUUCUAUCAAUUUUCCAGCAGGCGUCGCAGUUUUUUGUAGCUUUUUGGACCCUGAAUUGGACGGAAACUUUAGUUUAAUUUAGCAAAUUGUAGCAGCCGAACGUCAGAGGUUUCAGGACACCCAUCGGGCGAAGGAAACACCACCCACAUGCAUUGCACAUCGCUCUUUGUGGCCGCGUCAUGUGCGGCGCUGCUUCUGCUGGCGGCGACAGCGCGGUCGGCGGCGACUGCGCAGUCAGGAUUACAGCCAGGUGGCAAGUUAAUCGAGUUGGACGAGGACAACUGGCACCUGAUGCUCCAGGGCGAGUGGAUGAUCGAAUUCUUUGCUCCGUGGUGCCCGGCCUGCAAGAAUCUUGCUCCCACCUGGGAGCGAUUUGCCCGCGUGGCCAAGGAUGUUAAGGUUCAGGUGGCCAAGAUCGACGUGACCACCUCGCCCUCGCUUAGCGGACGCUUCUUUGUGACCGCCCUGCCCACCAUCUACCACGUCAAGGAUGGCGAGUUCCGGCAGUAUCGUGGAGCCCGCGAUGGCGAUGCCCUCCUGUACUUUGUGAAGAAGCAGCAGUGGCAGAGUAUCGAACCGCUGUCCGCCUGGAAGAAGCCCGAUACCAUCCACAUGUCCGUGCUGUCCUACUUCUUCAAGCUGUCCCACACUCUCAAGCACACGCAAAAACUCUUUAAGGACUUCAACGGGCGGCUGCAGGAGGAGUACGGCCUGCCCACGUGGGGCUCCUACGCCCUCUUCGCCAUCGCCACCAUCUUUGUGGGCGCCGCUCUGGGACUGCUGCUCGUGUGCCUUGUGGACUUUGUCUACCCGCCAAAGAAAUCACAGCGCCAGAGCUUCUCCGAGUCGCAGGACAAUCUGACCGAGGGCCUGGAGGAUCUGGCCACCGAGGAGAUCGAGGAUGAUGGCGAGGCUGAGGAGAACGAGGAUGAGCAGCGGGAGAGCGACGAGGAGGCCGAGGAAGAUGAGGACGACGAGGAGGAGGAGGAGGACAGCGAGGAGCAGGCUGGCGAUCUGGCCGCACAGGAGAAGGAGGCCGACAGCGAGCCGGAAAAGGUGGAGAAGCCGGAGCCCAAGCAGGCCGGUGAUGCUGCGCCCGAGAAGACGGAACAGGUGCGCAAGCGCAAGCCACGCAAGGGCGAUUAGGUGCAGCCGGGUCGAGUCCCUGUGGAUCAUCAGCCUUAGCGAUCAGAAGCGGCAACAAAAAGACUAACACACAGAAUCGAGAGAAACGCAACCUCUUACCAAGCAUCAUUCGAGCAGAUUAACUCUGCUCUGCCUUCGCGCACAAAACUGAUUGUUUCCCCCACUUAAUCCUAGCCAGCAAACGGCACCUCAUGUAUUUCUUAAUUAUGUACAACAAAAUUAUAAUCCUUUAAGCGAUAACAAGCGUAACAAUAACUAAAUUUAACUUUAGUCGUACACUUUUACUUUCUUUUGCCAAGCAUUGUAUUUUGUGUUCAAAUCGAUUUCUUACACAUCUAUCUUCUCUUAAGCAUUUCUUUGUAAUUGUAUUUCAAUCAAAUUGCAAAUUGUAUUAAAUUUUCGUAUUACAAAAUAAACAAAAAACAAAUAAA